UGGGACGCCAUCACCGAAAUGGAUGAGCACAACCGGCCCAUCCAUACUUUCCAGGUUUGCAAUGUGAUGGAGCCCAACCAGAACAACUGGCUUCGUUCCAACUGGAUAUCUCGACAAGCAGCCCAGAAGAUCUAUGUGGAGCUUCGCUUCACCCUGCGAGACUGCAACUCCAUUCCUUGGGUGUCUGGCACCUGUAAGGAGACCUUUAACCUCUUCUACCAUGAGAUUGAUGAGGCUCAUGGUGUCAAAUUUAAGCCUGCCCAGUACACAAAGAUUGACACUAUUGCUGCAGAUGAGAGCUUCACCCAGAUGGAUCUGGGAGAUCGUAUCCUCAAGCUCAACACCGAGGUGCGAGAGGUGGGGCCCAUGACCAGGAAGGGCUUCUAUUUGGCAUUCCAGGACAUCGGUGCCUGCAUUGCCUUGGUUUCAGUGAGGGUUUACUAUAAGAAAUGUCCAUUCACAUUGAGGAACCUGGCCUCGUUUCCAGACACAGUUCCUCGUGUUGACUCUUCCUCAUUGGUAGAGGUAAGGGGGGCGUGUAUCGACCAUGCUGAAGAAAGAGACACACCAAAACUGUUCUGUGGAGCUGAUGGAGACUGGUUGGUUCCCCUGGGAAAAUGUGUCUGCAGCGUUGGAUAUGAGGAGAUUGAUGGAUCAUGUAGUG